CCCAUCUGCCUCAAUGUCAGCAACAGAGACUAGCACACAUCCCGAGGCCUUCGUGUUGCUGCACAUCCCCGAAGUCGUACUCCAUAGCGCAGGCGCCACCGAGCAGGGAACGCUCGCACUGGAGUGCGUCGCUCUCGCUCCUAACAACGACGACAAAACUGCGCCGCUCGCUGCAUCGCUCUCCGCCGACGACCGUUCGCUCUACCUCGUGCUCCGUCUGAACUCGCUCGAGCUCCCGCUUGACCCGACGCGGUCGAUCUCCGUGCAUGUAGCCAACGAUGGCGCACGGACGUACACCUUCCAGGCUACCGAUGUAUCGCCAGUUGAGGGACCUACCCCGGUAUACCUAACUGUCCCCAUCCCAUCCAGGCCAGAUUCCCACCGCGCGGAGACUAUCGAGGCCUUCGAUCACAUCCUGGCGCAGUACGCGGAGGUCGAAGGCUUCCCCCCGAGCCCUGUCUCCCCGGCUCAGCGCGACGGGGCGGCAUCAUCCUCAUCUCAGGUGCAGGCGCCAGGAAAGGAGGACAUGCGGGGGAAGCUGGUGCUCAUGGACGAGGAGAGCGGCGAGGUCGUUGGUGAGCUCCCGCAUCGCGUACAUAUGAAGGAGGACCCUGCUCUCGCGCGUGCGGAAAAGGGCAAGGACGGUGCGCCUGCGCCCGUAUUGCUCGAGCUACCUCCCGACGUAUACGAUGCGUACACUGGCCAGGGCGCGAGCGUGCUGCCGUACCACACGACCCCUCAGUCGGACGUCGAGGAGGCGCGGGAGAUAUUCGUACAGGCGAUCCCGCCUGAAGACCAGGACUGGAUGACGAAAUCCGCGACGAUCAUCAGUCAAGCGAUCACCUCGUCCACGUCGAUGCUGCUAAGCGGCCUGACGAGCGCGGCGAGUUACUACAUCAACCACUCCACACCCUCGCCCCAUGCUUCUGGUUCGCAAACUCCUGGUAGCGGACCGCCCCCUCCUCCCCCGCGCGCACUGCUGCUUCUGUCGCACCCGCGCACCCACUCGGCACUCUCAAGCGCGUAUGCGGUCAGCGGGCAGGCCGUGCGGGUCAGUCAGAAGACGGUCAGCGUGGUGGAGAGCAUGAUCCGCCACGCCGUUGGCGGAAAAGACAAGGCGAAGGCCGCGCCGACGCUGAGGAGGCCGCAGCCUCCUACGACGUCGACCGUCCCUCCCUCCGCCUCGCCGAAUCCUACGCCAGCCAUGUCGUCUCUGAGUCUGUCGGAGCCGCCUCCGCCAUACCCCGGUACACAGGACGGGAAGCCACCGUUGCCGCCACGGCACGGACCUCCGCCGCCUCUUCCACCGCGGUCCCCACUCCCAGCGGGCGAGAAGUCCGCUUCGUCCGCUUCCGUCCCGACCGCUCCUAGUGCAACACCUGCCGGCGGCCCGCCCCCACGCCCGCUCAGGAAGCACGAGAAGCUCGUACUGUCCGCAAAUCUGUUGCUCGCGACCGUGGACGACUCGGUGAAGCGUGCGGUGGAUGUCGGCAGCACGCAGCUGACGGCGGUCAUGGGGCACAAGUACGGGGAGGGCGCGGGGCGGACGACACACCUGGCCACGCACACCGCGCGGAACGUGACGCUGGUGUACAUCGAUAUGCGCGGCUUUGCGCGGCGGGCGUUGAUCAAGAAGGCCGGCAAGGAGUGGAUCAAAGCCAGGGUUGGGGGUCGGAGGCAGCAGGCGCAGAUGGACGGCGUCGUCGUGGAUCGGCCGGCGGUGGAUGAGAAGUAAUGGACGAACGACGAUCAUCAGGAUCGGAAUGGACUAAGCUGGACCGUGUACCUCAUACAAAUGUACCACCCAACAUGCACACGACAAGUAUUGGAAAGUGGGAGAAUUUUCCUGCAGAGUCU